AUGGCGACGAUACCCACCACAGCUACCGCCACCAUGUGUCCGUCUCCUCCUCUCCCAACUAUCUCGCCGUUACUAAGAACAACUCACCAAUGUCAACCAUCUCCUUCCUCAUCAUCCCCAUCUUCCAUAAAGCUUAGCACCGCUCUGGUUUUCUGUGAGACCACUGUGGAUAGAGCCACUGAGAGCUCCGUGAUGAUCAAACCUGACAAAUGGGGACUUCAAUUAGAAAAGAGGAGGAAGAGGAGGAGGAGAAGAAGACUUGGUUUCGAGCGCUUGGAACCGGAAGAAGACGAAAAUGCUGGCGCAAAAGCAGGAGAAGAAACAGAGACAAUCAGUGUUCCAGCUGGAGCUACACGGUCUGGAUUUUUAAGUCGUUCAGAGGAGAUUCAGCUUUGCUUGUACCUCAAGGAAGGAGCAAAACUUGAAAAUCUUGGAACAAGUGCUGAAGAGAAUGAGAUGGUAUCAGUUUUGUUGUCCAGUGGCAAAGGCAAGAAGAAGCGUAGUGCUAAUGAAAUAUUAUGCCGAAGAAGAGAAGCGAGAGAAAAGAUUACUCGUUGUUACCGGAGGCUCGUUGUCUCUAUCGCCACAGGCUACCAAGGCAAAGGGUUGAAUCUGCAAGACCUGAUUCAAGAAGGAAGCAUAGGGCUCCUAAGAGGAGCUGAGAGAUUUGAUCCAGAACGUGGCUACAAACUCUCAACUUACGUCUACUGGUGGAUCAAACAGGCCAUCUUAAGAGCUAUUGCGCACAAGUCUAGACUAGUCAAAUUGCCGGGAAGCAUGUGGGAGCUGACGGCGAAAGUUGCAGAAGCAAGUAACGUCUUGACCAGAAAACUAAAACGGAUACCGAGCUGUGAAGAGAUCGCAGAGCACCUCAACAUCCACGUGUCAGCGGUUAGACUUGCCGUGGACAGGAGCAGAUCCCCUGUUUCGUUGGACAGAGUCGCAUCUCACAAUGGCCGCAUGACAUUGCAGGAGAUUGUAAAGGGACCGGAUGAAACAAGGCCAGAGGAGAUGGUGAAAAGGGAAGACAUGAAGCAUGAGAUUGAGCAGCUUUUGGGAACUCUUACAGCGAGAGAAUCUCGAGUGUUGGGACUCUACUUUGGUCUCAAUGGAGAGACUCCUAUGUCGUUUGAAGAGAUAGGCAAGUCGUUGAAGCUUUCAAGAGAGCGGGUGAGGCAAAUCAAUGGCAUUGCCUUGACAAAGCUACGAAAUGUACAUUAUGUGAAUGAUUUGAAAUUAUACUAUUCCUCCUCCUCCAGUGAUUGA